GGCGGCGCUCUGCUGGGAAAUGUAAAUACAUUACUCACCUCAUUCCCUGCUGACCCCAGUAAGCAGUACCAAACCCAGUGUCGGAUACUGCUGGAAGGACUGAACCUGCCACUGUUACUUCAGAAAGAGAUGGACAGACUGGCCAGGUUAAAGAGCAACACCUCAGAGUCCUCCCCGCCAACUCAUAAUUACCAGCAUCAACUCAGAGACACAAACUCCAUGGAAAAAACACAUCACCAUGACAUCACCAGUAACUACAAGGAUGAUGGCUUGGACUGGUUUAUCUCCAUCACACCAUCACUGUUGCCAGAUGGUAUGGUCUCACCCAUAAUUACUUCUACUCAAGAAAACCAAAAUAGAAAACUGAACUCCAGUUGGUCAGAAAUGUCUACAGUAACCAAACAGCCAAACGGUCAAACUGAGAAGGACAUUUCAAGUAACAUUGGCUCAACCUUAAAUCAUGAUGUAGUUUCAAAUCAGUUUGGAACAAUUACUUUUGCUUUAGAAGAAGAAAACCGAAAAAGCGAAAAUGAAAACAAAGAAAAAACCUCUGUAACCAAAGAGGGGAUAAAGCAACCUGAGAGACAGAAGGAUGCAAAACAUCGAGAGUCAUUGGGGUGUGUGUUUCAGAAAGUCUCUAUGAAUCUGAGAGCAAGAAGACUCUGGGAGCUGGAGCUGAAUCAUCAGCAGUGUGACAAAAAGGGAGAAGGAGAACAUGGAGAAACGGUGGAGUUUGUUUGUAAAAAUAUUACAAAAUCCCACACUAGCAGCACACUGUCAGCAGGUAAGAACCACCCCCCAAAUAUCCUAGUUCAGGAUAACCUUUCUUCUGGCAAAGAAAGUACAUUUGCUAAGGAAGACGAUAAGGAUCGGACUGGUAUUAAGAACAUUAUUGCUUUGGUAAGCGAAAAGAUGGAAGCUGAAGCGGGAACAUGUAAAGAAUUGCAUGAAAAGUUGUCAGGCUUUAAAUUCCAACCAAGGAAGAUGAGACCUUUAGUCCUCAGCCAUACUGCCAACUCAGAUUUCAGCGCAGUGUUCCAACCUGGAUGUAACCCAGGCAGCAGAUAUUUUCAUGCUCACACAGAAGGCAGAAUCAGUAAACAGAAGCCAGACACAGUUACAGACACAGAGAAGAAUAGGAGACAGAAUAAGCAGGACCAGAACAGAAUUACUUCUGAAGUUGUAAGUACGAGAAACCAGGUGAGCUGUGUCUGUGAGGUUGGAGACAGUAGGUCUGAAGCACCACCCAAAUCAGGCCACACCAAGUCCACUGUGGCCUCCUCAACCCUGGCAAAACUCUCAGUAUUCACAUUCACCUGCACAGCUGAACCCACGACCACAACUCAAAUGAGAGUGGAAAAAAAUCCGCCUGGAGUGGAAAAAAGUCCCCUUAAAAGAGAUAGUGCUGAAUGCUUGAGAGGGAAUUCUAAAGACAAGAAAACUCUAAAUUCCCCCGAAUACAGUCCCUUGGGAAAGAAGAUCAUGGGCAAAGUAAGGGAUACAUUAACACCCCCAACCACUGAGCUCACACAAGGACAAAAACUCGAACAAGGGACAGAGUUACCAACUAAAACAAGGUGCAAAGAAAUUCAGAAAGAACCUACUUAUGUUGAUGAUGGUCCUGACUACCAAAGUACUGUAAAUCUGAAGAAGAGAAAGAGUUUUGAAAUAGGCACUCCACCUAGUAGUGUUGGUGGCUCAAAGGGUCUGUUCUCAGGGCUGUCUCUGUUUGGACAUGUUGAGUUAAGUAAUGAUGUCCUUGAAACUGACUGGGACCAAGAGGUUUCAAAGAAAGCCAAAAUAUGAAGAAUUAUUAAGAACUGUCACUUUGUGUGUGGGGGUGAAAAACCACAAUAAUGUACGUCAUAUCACAUUUUUCCAUGGGGUACAUCAAUUUAAUGUUACCUUCCGUAGCCUGAGAAUAAAUGUCAAAUCGUUUCAGGUGUUUUUUUGUUUUUUUUUGCUUCCUCAUUUGCCAGUCAGAGCAAUGGAAUUAUGAAUUAAUACUAAGCUGACAGAUGUUUUUUAACCACAGCACUUACAUAUACUUCAUUAGUGUCAAUACAGCCAAUACAACAUUUUCCUUGGCACCUACAUCCACUCCCAUGAUAUUAUUAUACAGUAGAUAGUACACUUAUAAUUGUAUCCUUACGUUAAUGACCAACUGUGUGGAAAAUGUGAACGCGGCCAGUGUCGUCGGAUUUAUUUCUUACCACCCACUGAGUUCCAUUAGUUUCACAUCCGCUUUGAAAAUCAAUAAAGCCAACAAAAUAUU